AUGGCUUCACAAGACAGAGGGCGAGAUAGAAGCAGCCGUAGGCUGACGAAGAAGCGCAAAGACAUCGGACGGGAUACACGCGGCUUGUCGCUGGACAUCCCAGAGCGCUUCAAGGACGGCGACGAUGCGCAGGAAGAUGUGACUGCGCCAAAGCGCAGCGACGCCAUGUCCAUGAACCAGUCAAUAUUCUCCAUCAUCGCUCGCGCUGGAGGGCAGUCACAAGUAGAUCUAGGCACCAUGCAGGAGGUGGACUCGGGCGACAGCGACGAUGAUGGCAAAGGGAAGACACUCCAUGACCGCCUGGAUGGUGCUGCGAGACUCAGUAGGCUGCGUACCGCGAACGACUUCCGACCGCCACAAGAAGACUCCAGAGCCGAGAAGAUAGGGUCUGGGAAGCACCGCAGAGCACUGUCCGAAAACAAGCUGCUGCGGUCCCUACCCAAGCUGAAGAUAUCAAGCAGGAAAGACGUGCGAUCCGACGGCCAACACACCGACCAAAUGUCUUCCUCCCAGUUUCUGCCGCCUCGGCCAUCAACAGAAACACCAUCCGAGACGCACAAGCGCGGCGAUGCCUUGAAAGGGAAGGCCAGAGCCACUACAGGCGACGAAAUUCACGUAGAGAAACAAAGGAAAUCGGAGCGGAGGGGCGGGCAGGGAAGCUCGGUCGGCCUAGCUCAGAGUCGAGGCCCCGUAUCACUCGCAACUAGGAUACAACAGAUUUUCGAAUUUGAGCAUGCCGAGGAGGUGAUCUCUGAAUAUCCAUGUUGGUUGCUUCAAAGCAUACUACUCCAGGGAUACAUGUAUAUCACUCAGAAACACAUUUGUUUCUAUGCCUACAUUCCGAAGAAGCAUCACGAUGUCAGUAAAACGGGCUACCUUUACAAGCGCGGCCGGUCAAAAUACAAUCGAUACUGGUUCAUCCUGCGCGGCGAUGUGCUGUCGUAUUAUACCAAUCCAGCAGAGCUUUACUUUCCACGAAACCGUAUCAAUCUGCAAUACGCCAUCUCUGCUGAGGUCGUCGAGAACAAGAAGAAGGGCGAGUAUGAGACUAUCUUCACAGUCACCACGGACGAGAGAACCUACCAAUUCAAGGCUGAUAGCGCUGCGAGUGCCAAAGAAUGGGUCAAAUCUAUACAGAAAGUUAUCUUUCGUACACACAACGAAGGCAACAGCGUCAAGAUAUCAAUGCCGAUUCGCAAUGUCAUCGAGAUCGAAGAAAGUUCCAUAUUAGACUUUGCAGAUACGGUCAAAGUCCGUGUUGUCGACAAUGGGGAAACAUUCGCCAUCGACGAGUAUUUUUUCUCAUUCUUCAACAGAGGGCAAGAUGCUCUCAACGUGCUGCGCAUUAUGAUCAACGACAAUGAACAUCACCAGGUCUCUACUGAAAACCAAGUCAAUCCCACACCAAUCACCGCGCCCCUGAAAACUUCAAAUCGCCACAGUCUUGUUGUGUCGCCAAUAGUUCCUGAUGACACACCACGUAUCAAAGAGAACGUCCGCGCCACUCUUUCACCUUUGCCCAACCCAAACGUUGGACGAUCGAGUAUAAGCGAUAUCUCUGCGCGUUCCAGUACCGACGUGCCUCGAAAGAGUUGGGAUACCAACACCUCCCUGUUGCCUGCCUCAACUGAGGCUGAGGAGGACACAGACCCCAGCCAAACACUCCCACGUUUGUCAAAUUCAUCCUCUGCCCUUCAAGAAAUCGCCUCGUAUCCGCUUCAAAAAGCGUCUGGAAUUGCAGGGUUCCUUAGGAUGCGCUCGAAGGAAAUGGGCUCCUUGCUAGCGACUGAAUCAAUGGGUUAUUACGAGAAGGUCUCCGGUAUGCUGGCGGGUGGUCGCAAGCACUACAACACUGCCGACGGUUUAGAGCCUCACGAUCAAAUACACGGCAUCGAAGAUGAUGAUGAUGCAGCAAAGGCCGCUGACAAUUUCCGCGAACACUUUGCAUUUCCGGAAUCUGAAAUACUUCAGUCAUCGUUCUUUGCUUCAUUGCAACGAAUGCUUCCUAAUUACGGCAAGAUCUAUAUUAGCGGAAGAUAUUUCUGCUUUCGUAGCUUGAUGCCCACGUCGAAAACCAAGAUCAUUUUACCUAUGAAAGACAUUGAAAACGUCAACAAGGAGAAAGGCUUCCGUAUGGGGUAUCACGGUCUAGCAAUCGUGAUACGUGGCCACGAAGAGCUGUUCUUCGAGUUUUCAAAGGCUGAGUAUCGAGACGAAUGUGCCAUCACAGUACUCCGCAUUCUGGAGAAUACCAAAUAUAUCGAAGAAGCGUCUUCGUCUUCUGGUGUCGACAGCGACGAUGAGGCUGCCAAAGCCGAACACGAUCUCCUGCAGCAGGCACGAGAGCAAUCCGACACCCACGAACAAAUCGAUGUAUCAGAGAUUGCACGUGCAGCGGACCAUGAUCGUAUACCACUGAUAUUUGACGAUCCGCUGGCAUCCUUCGUCGACUUUAAGCCACCUGAACCUCUGACAAUUGUUUGCCUGACAAUUGGUUCUCGCGGAGACGUUCAACCAUACAUUUCACUCUGCAAAGAGCUGCUCAAGGAAGGCCACAAGGCGCGGAUCGCAACACAUGCUGAAUUUGAGCCAUGGGUUCGGAAGCAUGGUAUCGACUUUGCCCCUGUCGAUGGCGACCCCGCUGAGCUGAUGCGAAUCUGUGUCGAACACGGCAUGUUCACAUACGGCUUCAUAAAAGAGGCGAACUCAAAGUUUCGUGGGUGGCUCGACGACGUGUGUAGCUCAUCGUGGCGCGCCUGCCAGGGUGCGGAUGUGCUCAUCGAGAGCCCUAGUACCAUGGCUGGCAUACACGUCGCAGAAGCCCUUGAGAUCCCUUACUUUCGCGCCUUCACUAUGCCCUGGUCGCGCACUCGAGCUUAUCCACAUGCUUUCUCGGUCCUGGAGAACAAAAUGGGUGGAGGCUACAACAAUAUGACUUACCAAUUAUUUGACAAACUAUUCUGGACAGCGAUUAGUGCUCAAGUAAACAAGUGGCGUCGGCGGGAGCUGGGGCUACAAAACACUUCUCAGUCCAAGAUGCAGGCCAACCUUCGACCCUUCUUGUACAACUUCAGUCCUCAUGUUGUUCCACCCCCCCUUGACUGGCCUGAUUGGAUUCGAGUCACGGGCUACUGGUUUCUUGACGAGGGCGACACCUACCAACCGCCUGCGGACCUGGCAGCCUUCAUCACACAGGCGCGAAAAGAUGAAAAGAAGCUAGUCUACGUAGGCUUUGGCUCGAUAGUCAUCGACGAUCCAGCAGCUCUUACGAAGACUGUGGUGGAUUCUGUGCUCAAGGCGGAUGUGCGCUGCGUACUUUCAAAAGGCUGGUCUGACCGUCUCGCGACCAAGGAUGCAUCGAAGCCAGAAAUUCCUCUGCCGCCAGAGAUUUUCCAGAUACAGGCUGCGCCACACGACUGGCUAUUCAAACAAAUGGACGCAGCUGUGCACCACGGUGGCUCAGGCACAACCGGAGCAAGCCUUCGAGCUGGUAUCCCCACAAUCAUCAAGCCCUUCUUCGGCGACCAAUUCUUCUUCGCUCAGCGCGUAGAAGACAUGGGUGUGGGUAUCUGGCUAAAGAAAGUCAACACUAGCGUGUUCAGUCGUGCUCUGUGGGAGGCAACAAACAGCCAGCGUAUGAUCAUCAAGGCGAAGGUUCUAGGUCAAAAGAUUCGCAAGGACAAUGGUCCACAAGUCGCCAUCCAGACAAUAUAUCGCGAGCUAGACCGAGCUCGAACACUUGUCAAGAAGCAUGUGAAGCAAGACGACGAGCAGACAGACGAGUUCGAAGAAGAUUGGACCAUGAUUGAAGAAGGUCAAGACGUAGACGUCUCUGCGCAUCAUUUUGAAGCCCAAUCACCACUGGUGGGCAUGAACCAGGACGCACCUCGCACCGGUGGAGGAUCGCUGGUGCUGGGCAGUAUGGUGAUGAAAGGGGCGCAGAAGCGCAAUUCGGAGUCUGCCUAUAGAGAUUGAGCGUACUGUAAUUUGGCAAUGAGCAUAGCAAACCGGCGCAAACUGGACUCCUUGGUGGAUACGAGGACAUGGAAUGGUAAUAUUGAUCGAGACUUUGGUUAGGUUUAGUUAUGGAAUUCAAAGUC